GAAAAAGAAGACGAAGAAGUCUUGAUGGUGGUUGUACUCCGUUUUGCCCUUUAUGGCGAACACAGAUUAAACACCCACUUUACGUUACAUCCAGUUCAACAAACAAUUGAGUUGAAAAAAUUCAACGAAUCGGAGAGCUGCACUUCUGCACAACUUUGAGCAGCAGUAUGAUGCAGGCAGGAGUCUGUCUGAGACAGGACACUGAGACAACACUACUAGAGCUCACUGAGCAGCACAGGAUCAGACAGAAAGAAGAGGAACUCAGUGGACUGGAGCCUGUCCACAUGGCAGAGUCAGAGACAGAGUGUGCUGCACCAGGACUCAACACACUGGAGCCAGAGUGUGUUACAGCACACAGUGGGGUCAGUGAUGUACACCACACACACACUUCACUGAUUAAAACAGAAACUGAUCUGGGCUCCACCUACACUGGGAAUCUUAUUAAAUCAGAGAGCCUCGACAGUACACAGCGGAGAAAUAUAACCCAUCUGCAUCCUGACCAAAUCAAAACAGAGACUGAUGAUGGAGGAUACCUGAAGGCGGAAGACAUCAGGGACUUAGAGAAUAUUAAAUGUGUUGAUAUGAAAUCUGAUCAAAUCAAGUGUGAAUCCAGUGAAUGUUUAGUGAGUGAUCUCGUGAAUACUGUGAUGAAUGGAGUUGAUGUUGCUUACAAAGUCAAGACUAGCACAUUGCCAUGGGUCAGAGUGACAAACCCAAACUGUAAAAACGAAGAAAUUCAUGAUCCGCUGACUCAAUCUAGGGACUUAAAACAUUACUGUGACAUAAACAACGCAAAUAAUCAGACCAGAAAUUUCCAGUUAAGUGCAAACAAUAGCAGCAAACAUAUUCAUUGCCAAAGAACGGAUGUGAUUGAACCCAUGAUAUUUAAUUCAAGUAAAAAAUCAAGCCUUUUGAAUUUUUCUCAAAAGAAGACAAUUCAUCGAAAUAAAGAAGUAGUUAACAAUGGUGAAAAGCUGUACAGAUGUUCUCAGUGUGAGAAAUACUUUAAUUCCAAAUCUGGUUUAAAUAGACACCUGAAAGCUCAUGCUGGUGAAAAGCUGUACAAAUGUUCUCUGUGUGGCAAGUGCUUUGUUACAAUAUCUUAUUUAAAUGCUCACCACAAAAUUCAUACAGGUGAAAAGCCCCACAAAUGUACUCAGUGUAAGAAGUGCUUUUCCACAAUAUCUAAUUUAAAUGUUCACCUGAGAAUUCAUACUGGUGAAAAGCCAUACAGAUGUUCUUAUUGUGAGAAGUGCUUUUCCAAAAUAUCUGAUUUAAAUAUCCACCGGAGAAUUCAUACAGGUGAAAAGCCCUACAUGUGUACUGUGUGUGGGAAGUGUUUUUCCCAAAUAAGUGGUUUAAAUUGCCACAAGACAAUUCAUACAGGUGAAAAGCCCUACAAAUGUACUCUGUGUGGGAAAUGCUUUUCCACACCAUAUAAUUUAAAGCACCAUCAGAAAAUUCAUACAGGUGAAAAGCCCUACAAAUGUACUCUGUGUGGGAAAUGCUUUUCCACAUCAUUUAAUUUAAACGACCAUCAGAAAAUUCAUACAGGUGAAAAACCCUACAAAUGUACUGAGUGUGACAAGUGCUUUAAUACAAAAUCAGCUUUGAGUGUACAUCUGAGAGUACAUACAGGUGAAAAACCCUACAAAUGUUCUCAGUGUGGGAAGUGUUUUUCGAUUAGAUGCAAUUUAAAUAUCCAUCAGAGAAUUCAUACAGGUGAAAAGCCCUGCAAAUGUUCUCAUUGUGGGAAGCACUUUGCUACAUUACAUAAUUUAAAUAGCCACUUGAGAGUUCAUACUGGGGAAAAGCCCUACAAAUGUACUGAGUGUGGGAAAUGUUUUUCCACAAUAUUUAGUUUAAAUAUACACCACCAAGUUCACACAGGUGAAAAACCCUACAAAUGUACAGAGUGCGGGAAGUGUUUUUCCCAAACAAGUGAUUUAAAUCGCCAUGAGAGGAUUCAUACAGGUGAGAAACCCUACAACUGUACUCAGUGUAGAAAGUGUUUUUCCCAAAAAAGUGCUUUAAAUAAGCACCAGAGAAUUCAUACAGGUGUAAAACCCUAUAAAUGUACUGAGUGUGGGAAGUUUUUUUCCCAAAAAAGUGCUUUAAAUACCCACCAGAGAGUUCAUACAGGUGAAAAGCCCUACAAACAUGCUUAAUGUGGGAAGUGUUUCUCUGAACCAUGUACUCUAUCUUGCAACAAGAUUAUUCAAGAAGGUGAAAAGCCAUAUAGUUGGUGUAAAGGGGUUAAUAAAUAAUCAAAUUAAAAUAUCUGUCAGCAUGUUCAUAAGGAUGAAAAUCCCUACCUUUGUAUUCAGUGUGGGAAGUGUCUUAAUGGAAAGGGAUUCUUUAUGUACACACUUGAGAAUUCAUCCACAUAAAAAAAAUUUUUAAACAAAAAAAUUGCUUUAAAUUGCCAUCAUAUGAUUCAAUAAGAUAUAAAUCAGAUGUCCUCAAUGUGGGAAUUUUUUUUUAAGCUGCAUGAAACUCCAUCCAGAGAAUUCAUUUGGGUGAAUAGUCUUACACGUGUACACGGUGUGGGAUGCGCUAUUUAAUGAAAUCCCAUUUAAAUUUGUGCCGGAAAAAUCUUUGGGGAGAAUCCCUCCUUGUCUACCCAUUGUGGGAAGUAUUUUUUGAAAGCAAGUCAUUUUAAUGACCAGCACAGAAUCAAUCCGGUUGAAAACCCCCAUAAAUUGUUGUCACCAAAAAAUACCCUUCAGGUAAAAAACUUGCCUCAGUGUGGAAAAUGUUUCCCAGGUGUAUAAUUUAUGCAGCCACCACAGAAUUCAUGCUGGUGAAAUGUUUUAUGGUUAUUUAAAGCCAGAUAAUUCCACCAGAAACUGAAGAAGUGUAACCUGUUUAGCUUUUUGUAGGCUAAAGGGACUUUUCCACAGGGCUCUCUUAUCAAUGCCCUGCUAUAGGGAACUGAUGCUAAAAUAAAAUUUCAAUUUUGUUUUUCUAUUUUCCAAAAAAUUGUCAGGAGUGCACUUCUAGUACAUUCUUUUUUGAUUGCAUUUUUGUUGGAAACUUUUCCUGCUGUAUCGUAGGGCCGUGUAUAAUUCCCCUGUGGUUUUACUUGCUGGCUCGCUGUUUGGACAGGUGUUUGAGAAACGACACACUAAGUGGGGCAAACUUGGAUGCCAUUUUGUCCAUAAUAAGCGUGUCACCACUUUGUUCUUUGGAAAAGAAUUUCCCUUGAAGUCCGAAGGAUAUAUAUUUUUGAAAUUUUGAAAUGAUGAUGAAAUUGACACCAGAGUAAAUUGUUUGAAAGAAACAAUGUGAACACUUUGUAUAUACUGUAGAAAGAAACAUGGUAGUGCAUAUUGCCAACUUGAAGUUUGAAAAUGAACUUGACAGUAUUGGCCUUUUCAGUAAUUUUCUGCCAAUGUAGAGGAUGUAAUGCAUAUGUCUGAAAGCUGAUUAUUAGACUUGAGAGUAUGUUUUCAAAGGUGUAUAUAAGUUGCAUAAACUCUGUCUGUAUGUGCCAUUGCUUCUUGCUUUGCUACCCCUGUUUAUAAAUCUAAUUUCAUUUCUGCUGCUAAUUCCUCAUAAUAGAAAUUGUGUAAGAAAUAAAUUUGACUCAUGUUGUGUGAA